GCCAAAAGCAAGAAGACAAGAGACUUUGUCUGCAGUGAACUGGCAGCAUAAGUAGAAAGACUGUUUUUAAAGUCAUGGGGAUUGUAGAUGUUCUUUUCCAGUCCUUCAGUUCUGUCUCCCUGCUGGGGGCUCUGGUGGUUCUGCUUCUUCUCUACAUCAUCUCCUACUCCAGACCCAAAUCCCAGGAACACAGGAUGGAUCCUCCUGGACCAAAACUGUUUCCUCUGCUCGGUAACCUGCUGCAACUGGACUUACAGAGACCAUACAACACGUUACUGAAGUUUUCCAAGAAAUAUGGGUCAGUGUUCACUGUCUAUUUGGGACCCAAGAAAGUGGUGAUCCUGGCAGGAUACAAGACGGUGAAGGAGGCACUUGUCAACCAUGCUGAAGAGUUUGGAGAGAGAGAUGUACUCCAAAUUGUAGAAGACCUUAAUCAUGGUAUUGCAUGGUCAAAUGGUGAUGUAUGGAAAGAGAUGAGACGCUUUGCUUUGACAAACAUGAGAGACUUUGGGAUGGGCAAGAAGGUAAUUGAGGACAAGAUCAUUGAGGAGUCUCACUACCUCAUAGAAGUGUUUAAGAAAUUUAAAGGUGAAGCUUUUGAUACAUCCCAACCAAUAAACUAUGCAGUCUCUAAUAUAAUCUGCUCCAUGGUCUAUGGCAGCAGGUUUGAAUAUGAUGAUCCAGAGUUUACAUCCAUGGUAGAUCGAACAAACAGAAGAAGUCAACUUGGGGGGACACCGUCAGUACAGUUGUUCAACAUGUUCCCAUGGAUCGGCAAAUGGUUUGCUAACAAGAAGGAAUUCAAGAAGUUGUCUGAGGCCAACAAAAAACAGAACUCAGAGCUGUUCAGUCAGCUGAAAGAGACCCUCAAUCCACAGAUGUGCAGAGGUUUUGUGGAUGCGUUUCUGGUUCAAAAGCAAAAUCUGGAGGAAUCUGGGAUUACAAACAGUCACUUCAAUGAUGUAAACCUUAUGACGACAGUCCGUGAUCUCUUUAAUGGCGGCACUGAAACAACAUCAACCACACUGAGAUGGGGACUUCUGCUAAUGGCCAAGUAUCCAAAAAUACAAGACCAGGUCCAGGAGGAGGUGAAUAGGGUGAUAGGGAGUUGUCAGGUGCAGGUCAAGGACAGGAAGAACCUGCCCUUCACUGACGCUGUCAUCCAUGAGACACAGAGACUGGCCAACAUCAUCCCAAUGGCGCUUCCUCACAAAAUGAGCCAAGACAUCACUUUCCAGGGCCACUUCAUUGAAAAGGGGACCACAGUGUAUCCUCUCCUGACAUCUGUCCUGUAUGACAAGGCUGAGUGGGAGAGACCACACUCCUUCUAUCCUGCCCACUUCCUGGACAAAGAUGGGAAGUUUGUCAAGCGAGAUGCCUUCGUGCCUUUUUCUGCAGGUCGGAGGGUUUGUCCUGGAGAGGGUCUGGCCAGGAUGGAGCUUUUCAUCUUUUUCACCACCCUCCUGCAGCACUUCCGCUUCACUCGUCCACCAGGAGUUUCAGAGGAUGAACUAGAUCUGACACCACGUGUUGGCUUUACCCUCAGCCCUUCAGACCACA